AUGGACCCGGGCAGUUCUCGUGCCCGAGGAGCCAGCAUUAGACUUAUCCCCCCAGAUGACGAGGACCCUUUCGUGGAACCAGAGAAGUUGCAAAGACCCUACACAGCCAGCAGUAAUGCCGUCCGUCCAGACAGAUCAGGCCUCGUCGCCUCGCGAGCAGGACAGGAGUCAUUCCACUUUGGGUUUGCAUCACCUGCUGCUGCAUCGCCGCCUAGUCCGGUGGUUGGCGAGAGCGCUCUAUCUCCUCCAGAGCCAUCAAAGUCGCGCUUCAGCCAGAGCACCAUUGUCAGUCCUGAGCACACCCGCAUCAGCUCUUUUGCCGUACCCUGGCACCCGCCCCCAGAUGCGUCCGGACCACGCUUCAGCACAGACAGCGCUUCAGAUGCGCCAGGCUUGCUGCCGCCACAGGAGCCCAACCAGUCACGGUUCAGUAGAAACACCAGCAGCCAGUCGGACUCGCCACCGUCCCAGUCAUUGUUCGCGCCUACUAUCGACGACGGUUCAUCGCCCGAAACACCACGCUUCUCGGUGCCAUCGCGCUCCCACUUUAGCGCCACGACCGUCGACAGUCCCCCGCCUCUACCACCGCGCGCUGACCGACCAUUCUCACCACUCGAAAGCCCACCAACGCCAUCGCAAUGGCAGGCCUUCUUCUCCCCUCAACAGGAGCAGUACCGCUCGCGAUUCAGUGCGAGCACGACCACCCCACCAGAGCAGAGCCCACCCAGCCCACCCAGCUCGGCAGGCUCGGGCUCGUCCAACAGCUCUAUGGACGGCACUGGACCGUCCGCCCUACCAUCAAUGCCACCUCAGCCAUUGUAUACCCAACCUAACCGCCGUCUCAAUUCUUCGUCCUCCAGCCGCUAUUCGCACCCUUACCCAACGACCGAACUCGAAGUCAUCGAUGAAGACGAAGUCUACAAUUCUUCCCCGCCAUUCUACCCACCACCGAUCCCUUGGCGCAGCUCUUCCCGGCCCCGAACCGCCGACCGCGAGACGCAAACCUCGGAUAGUCUUGAGGCGGGGUACCCUGCCGGGGCAGCUGCGGCCGUUGCGUGCGCAGCCGGUUCUCUAUCGCCGCCUACGCUCGCGACCACUACGCUUUCCAGACGGAACGAUCUGCCACCGAUCCCACCACUGCCGCCCGCUCUACUGGCCCCCGGGUCUGGAGCACGACCUAUCUCCACACCACCACAACUACCACCGCUUCCUCCAUUCAACCACAGCACCUCAUCACUACAACGCUACUUCAGCUACUUCCCUGCCCCGGACCCGGCAGCCACUCCUGUCAUUGGUGCCGACGGACAGCCGCGCUCGCCUAAUGGCAGCGUGGUAUCGUUUGGUAGCGUCACGGGACCCAAUGGCGAGAGGUUCAGCGCGCUCCGGGAACAGCGCAAAAGCCGAGGAGUGUACUGGGCGGAAGGCACGAAGCGCAGGCAGUGGUGUGGCCUGAGGGGCAUGACCUGGAAGUUGUGGGCGGCUCUGCUGACCGUGGUGGUGCUGGCCCUGGUGCUGCUGGCCGUAGGUCUCGGGGUAGGUUUGAGCCGGAAUCGCGGAACUGGUGACGGCGACGGGAAUAAUGCUGCUGACGAUGGGGACGCUGCUGGCAACGGCAAUGGUGUUGCUGGGGAGGGAGGUGGAGAUGUGCAGCCAGUGUUCCCUGCCGGCACGUUUGAUAUCACAACGAACUUGAUGAAUGUCAGUACAGCGUGCUCAAAUGUGUCCGCGGCAUGGAACUGCGCACCGGGGCCGACGCUGGUGCAGGGAGGCGUCAAUGCCAGUCAGAUUGAGAUGGUGUGGACGAUCACGCAGAACAACGUUACGCAAGGCGCAGAGAGUGACGACGGUUUCUCCAUUUCGAGUGGCGGCAAUCCAUUCAGCAUACGAUUCGAUGACGCGGCACUCACGCUACGAGAGCAGGGGACGGAAAACGAGCAUUGGGGAUUUGAGGCUCUGGUCAGCAAACGAGUGAAGCCCGAUGUCGAUAUCACAGGCCGUAAUGUCGCCGUAGAGUGCGAUUACGAUCAGGUCGAGUUGGCUGGGCGGCUGUUUACAAGGAGGCAAGCAGAUGAGGCUCUAGCAGAUGGCGAGGGAAGCUGGCCAGGUGCGGUAGAAGUGGACCAACGAAGCAGUGCGGAAGGGGCAUGUUUCGAGGUCAGCAAUGGAGUACGAGGUCCACAGGUCGCGGUGAGCGCUGGAAGUGCGGAUUGUACCUGUGCGUACGGCGAUUCUGGUCUGGGGAGUUGA